AAUUCUGCAAGUAGUUCUGAUUUACUAUCGCUGUUCUCUAGCUGGUCUAAAACCGCUUUUGACCUAAAGGGAUGCUUUUUGGACGCCAUGGAUGUUUCUCAGUUUCAAAGCAGAAAGAACGGUACAAAUGCAGGCAGGGCACAGGACAAAGCAGUAGGGACAAAAUGUAUGUGAAAUGCUUUGAUACAUGUAUUUCGUGAAUGUCACAUUUUAACAUUUUUAAAUUUCCUGCUGGUUCCGGCCCCCGUACAUCCCGUACGUCCCGAUACUCGCAGGGACCUGAACCCGGAAGACGGAUGCUGGCAUCGGCCAGAGGAGAUGGCCGGGGAUGCUGCAGGGAGGACAU